CCAAAUAAUAAAUAAUUAUAAAAAUUCAUCGAGUUACUACUUAUCAAUAAACUAGCUUCCGUAACAAAUUUCUUCUUCUUCGACGUCUGCUUUCGCCGCCGGAUCUGCUGCCGUUGUUGCCGUUGCCGAUAGCUAUUUGAAUCUCUCUGUGGGAAGGAAGCAGCAAGUAGGAUCGGGUGGAAUUCAUGGCAAGCAGUGGUGGUGGUGGAAAGGUGUCCUUCAAAGUGACGCUUACUUCUGAUCCAAAGCUCCCUUUCAAAGUCUUUAGUGUACCAGAAGCAGCACCCUUCACGGCUGUUCUGAAAUUUGCAGCUGAGGAAUUCAAAGUCCCUCCUCAAACUAGCGCUAUCAUCACCAACGAUGGAGUAGGGAUCAAUCCACAACAAAGUGCAGGCAAUGUCUUUCUUAAGCACGGUUCUGAAUUACGCUUAAUCCCCCGGGAUAGGGUUGGAGCAACCCAGUAAAGAAAGCAACUUCUUUCUCAGCUGAAAAUACUGGUUUAUCUAUCUGGUUAAUCUGGACUUGUUUCACGGCCGUACUAUUAUGUAAACUGGGAGGACGCAAAAGUCGCUUUGGGCUUAUACUGCUGCAACUGAUACAAUAAAAUUUCUGAAACUCAGAUGAAAGUUAGCUACAGCUUAUAGCCAUUUAAUUGUCAUGAAAUUUUAUGUUCCCAUUA